GACCAACGGUGGACAAGUACCUGAGCGCAUAAAGAUGCUCACGGAGCGGCAACCGUCGUUCAGUCACAACCCUUCCUCAACUCGCACUCCUCACCACCAUGUCCGGCACCGAUAGGGAUCCGUCCCCACCGAUUACGGCCUCCGGGCUCGCUCCCGCCGCCGAGCUCCUCCACGAGCAGCAACAACAACAACCCGAAGAUGAAGCCCCGCUUGAGCCCCCGAUGCCUCCGUUCGAGCCGCUCUUUGCGCUCCUGACAAACUCUACCACAAACACCACCGUCCACCCCCGCAUCCACUACCUCUUCUCCGACGACGACCCUUCUGUCCUGGCGAGUCCUGCCGUCGACCGCGCCCUCGUCGUGGACCUUGUACCUGCUCCCGAAGGAGACUCGAGUCGAUGGGCUGUCUCUUGGGCUGCGAGCUUGACACCGGACUUUGCCGUUACAACAUCAAACGUGGCUGUACAACAAAGCGAGGGCGAUGACGACGGCCGUAAUGGGGGCGCCCUCAUGCUCCGCGUCGAAGGCGUAGAACGCGAACCAGUCGAGAUGCGCCCCGACAGCCUUCCCAGCUCCGGCAGCGGUGCCAUAGGCGGUGAAGACGUUGACGUGCUCGCCGAAGACUUUCGACGACGUAUGGGUGUGCUGAAAAAGGUUGUCGACGAGGGAGAGAAGCGACGCGCCCUAGUAGGACAAGAACAUGAAGACGAGCAAGUAGACGAGGACGAGGGUCCACCAGACGAGGCGAUAGUGGACUAUGACAGCGUCGAAAAGGGAAAGGAAAAGGCCAAGGAAUGAGUUUGAGACGUCUUACCGGAAUCUGAUACCCUUUGUGGGUAUUCAGUGUGUAUGCGUACAACAACUGUGAGACGCUUUCAGUUUGGCCCCAUCACGGAUGGACACUUGGGCAUGCUAUGCUUAAAGGCCUCUUUGUUUAGUUUACACGAUGCCUUCUCAUGGCAUAAACGACAAAGUGUUUUCUAGAGAGGAUGCGAUUGGAUUAUCAGGUGGACCAGGCACCUUUUUGACACAUGGAUGAAUGGAUGUAUGGGUAAAAUUGGUUUGGCGUAUGGGAUUUGUUUCACCCGAGUAUCUCGACUCUAUAUCCAUGGAUGUUUGGAUCAACUAAAGUAGGCCCAAGCUUGGGUGUAUGAAUUGGACUUUAUAUCACGCGUAUCCUUGUUGUCUUUAAUUGUG